AUGGCCAUUCGCGUGCUUUCUCAUGACGACAUUAGCAAGUUGCUUGCAUUGGAGGAUGCUAAUGCAGCUCUGGAGUUGGUUUCAUUGAUGGAGGAUACCUUCAAGGCGUAUACAGUGGCACAAGAGGAUGACAGCCAAAAGCGUUAUGCACAGGCACCCAUGCGACUUGCCGUGGAUACCGAUUCGCACCGUGUAUUAUUCAUGCCUUCCCGAUUGCAAGAGACGACAUCCAUCAAGGUGGUCAGUGUGCCUACCGGUGAUAGUAAAGGGGGUCUUCCUGGAUCUAUUUUGGUAUUGGAUCAAAACACGGGUGCUACUGAUGCCAUUAUGAAUGCGGGUGUUCUCACCGCUGUACGUACAGCUGCAGGUUCAGCAGUGGCUACACGUCUUUAUGCAGUAUCGGAUGCCAGCCAUUUACUUGUCCUCGGAGCCGGUGCACAAGCACGUGCCCACAUUGACAUGAUGCUUGCAGUCCGCCCUUCCAUCGACCAUGUCACGAUUUGGAAUCGAGGCUCCGAACGCCGUCAACAACUUGUAAAUGCCAUCCAAUCCUCUUAUCCACAUCUCACCGUACAAGCUGCUGCAUCAGACUCUGAACUUGAAGCUGCUGCUCGUCAAGCUGAUAUCGUCUGUACUUGCACAAACGCCUCUCAACCGGUUCUUCAUGGUGCAUGGCUCAAGUCCUCCGUUCAUCUCAAUUGCGUUGGCUCUUAUCGUUUGGAUAUGCAUGAAGUGGAUACCGAUACAAUCAAGCUUACCCAACGUAUCAUUGUCGACUCGAUCGAAGCUUGUGGCCAUGAAGCAGGUGAACUUGUCGCUUCAUCCAAAUCAGAGGAUUGGAAUGAAAUUGGACGCAUUCUUUUGGAUGACACUACACCUUCUGAUCAAGACCGUAUCUCCCGUACCCUUUUCAAAAGUGUUGGUAUCAGUGUUCAGGAUAGUGCCAUUGCUGGCUUGAUGGUGAAACGAGCCAAGGAUAGCAAUACGGGUUCUGUUGUUCCCUUUUAA